AGGGUUGAUAAAGAUAGGAGUGGAAUAAUAUCUGAUAAUGAACUUCAGCAGGCAUUAUCCAAUGGCACGUGGACUCCAUUUAAUCCAGCAACAGUCAGGUCAAUUCUUGGCAUGUUUGACAGAGAAAACAAAGGUGGUGUGAACUUCAAUGAAUUCACAGGAGUCUGGAAGUACAUCUCAGACUGGCAGAAUGUCUUUCGAACGUAUGACAGAGACAAUUCUGGAAUGAUUGACAAAAACGAACUAAAGCAAGCACUAACAGGUUUUGGUUACCGACUGUCUGAUCAAUUCUACGAUCUCCUUAUUCGGAAAUUUGACAGACAAGGAAGAGGACAAGUUGCUUUUGAUGACUUUAUUCAGUGCUGUGUUGUUUUACAGAGGCUGACUGAUGUGUUCCGCCGUUACGACACUGAUCAAGAUGGCUGGAUUCAGGUGUCCUAUGAGCAGUAUCUUUCCAUGGUCUUCAGCAUCGUAUGACACUGAUAACUAGGAACUGCACACUUGGCAUUACACAGACUGGAGUUGCCAAAUCAUCCUGUACUGAAUAAGAUUAUUAAUGUAUUAUAAUGGAUAUAACUUCACAUUCUUAAAUUUUGUAUGUUGCUCAUCACCUUCAGAAUCUGUAUUUGAGUUGGUUUUUGUUUUGUAUGACUGUACGAUAUGACCAUCUCUGCUGACUGUAGUACAGAAAGCACAGAAUCUAGAUUUAAUUGGUGCAAUGUCAAACUUAACCUUUUUCCACAUAUCCUGCAUGGGGAAAAAUGACUCUUUAGAAAUGCCAAAUUCAAAUAAUGCUUGUUAGUUUGUAAGAGUUGAAAGUCAGAAGUUGCACAACAUGUUUUGCAUGUGCCUUACUUUUAUAAGAGUUUAUCGUAUUAAUUUUUAAUACAGGAUUUAAAAUUAAGUAAAAAUAUUAGA